AAUGUGAAAUAUGGUAAUCCAGCCCCAGUGUGGAUAAGAGAAAAACCCCAUCUUCUCUUCUUCUUCUUUCACACUCCAACUCGAAGAUGGCCACCGUUUGGCUAUCAUCCGCCGGAGCAAUCUCCUCCUCCGCCAGAAACCACCUCCACCCUCCGCCACCCUCCUCCGCCAGAAACCACCUCCACCCUCCGCCACCAUCUCUCCUCCUCCUGCCUCGCUCUCGCCGCACCUUCUCUCUGCAUUCUUCCUCUUCCUCCCUCUUCGGCUUCACCACUAAACUCGCCAGGCCAGCCAAAAUCAGCCCAUUUUCCGCCACAAUUUCCAUGUCCAUGGAGGCCGGUGUCGGCGUCAUGGGCACCAAGCUGGGCAUGAUGACCUACUUCGAGACCGACGGCACCGUCGUCCCCGUCACCGUGGUGGGUUUCAAAGAGGGUAACAUUGUGACCCAGGUCAAGACCGAGGCAACCGACGGCUACAACUCCGUUCAGGUCGGCUACCGGCGGGUCCGGGACCGGAAACUCACGAAGCCCGAGAUGGGUCAUCUCCAGAAGUCCGGCAUUAUCCCCUUGCGCCACCUCCAGGAGUUUCGAUUGACGGCGGUGGACGGGUUCGAGCCCAACCAGCGGCUUGUCUUCGAGGAGCUGUUCAAGGAAGGAGACUUGGUUGAUGUUUCCGGCACCACCAUUGGCAAGGGCUUCCAAGGUGGUAUCAAAAGACACAACUUUAAAAGAGGUCUUAUGACUCAUGGAUCUAAAAGUCAUAGAGCUCUUGGAUCAAUUGGUGCUGGGACAACUCCAGGGCGUGUUUAUAAGGGUAAGAAGAUGCCAGGAAGAAUGGGAGGAACAAAGAGAAAGAUCAGAAAGCUAAAGAUCGUCAAAAUUGAUAAUGAUCUGCGUGUUGUGAUGAUCAAAGGAGCUGUUCCUGGUAAGCCAGGAAAUCUUCUCCGCAUAGCACCAGCAAAGAUUGUUGGGAAGAAUAUUCCUAAAAGUUAGUCUGUGAUUUUUUGGGUUGUAUCCCUUUGUCUUUUGCACGAUUGGUGAUAUAUAUUUACCUUUUGGUUAAA